GUCACUGCUAUUUCAGUGUAUUUUCUAUCACUGAGUCAAGGCUACAGCCAUGCAGGGUUCUUAAUCGUAAGUGGACUUUGCUUCUCUUUUUUUCUGGAAUGAAAGGUAAAAAAAAAUUUCCCCAGUGUGAAGUGAACAAAUUAAACAGAAGGGCAUUACUGCAAAAUUGUGGACUUGAAAUUAUCUGGAUUUUUGCUGGUUGUGUUCUAGUCUUGGAAACUAUUUACUACUACAACAUGGAAACAAAGGCCAAACGAAAAGAACCACAAGCUGUUCACCUUUUAAAAGGUGGACUGCUUGAAAGCAAGACUUCAUAAGUAGGCAAUCUGAGAGACCGAUACAAGGAUCUGUGUCCUGCUCAUAUGAGCAAGUAUUUGAAAUGAGCUCUCUGGAGAAACGCCAAGCAAACCGGCGGGGAAGCGCACAUGGCCCUCGCAAGUGCUCAGAUGGCAUCAGUGACACAUUGAGUGUGGGAAGUUUUAUCGAUGAUACUGACCGGGAGGUGAGCAGCCUCACAGAUCGCUUCAGGAGUUUGUGCAUUGGAGAGGAUGCCAUCUACAAUGACUUGGAGGUUUCCUCCCCUGCUGAUCAGCACAAAGCCUGUGUUACAGAAGCCCACCAAAAGAAAGAUUCGAGGGCAGACUGCCAUGAAUCCUUUGCUCAUGGUAUUCAGUAUAAGGAGACAGAAAGAAAAUCUGAGGUGGCCUCGACAUUCCAGCAUUCCUAUGAGGAUAUAGCACAAGCGCAUGUUUUCAGAGAUGAAGGUUUGUCUUAUAUAAGCAAUGGCUCUAUGGAGGCGACAUGGCAACAGAAAAGAAGCACUUCCAGAGUUUCAUCGCUCAUUAAGGCCUUCAGUUCAGGUGAAAGUUACUCUGAUAGUGGGGCUCCUGACACUGUAAAGGACAAAUACCCAGACUUUAAUAGCGAGUCAUGGGACAAAUCGGCUCUGCUAAGUAUUCAGAAAGAACUGUCAGAGUUUUCCUCUGGUUACCAUCCAAAUUAUAAGUCAGGCUCUUUACAGUCUUAUGGAAAUUACUUUCACUCAGUGGCCCAGAUGAACACAGCAACCUCCACAAAAACUAGGUUCAAGGCACUAAACACCACUAACACUUUCUUCCACAGUGAAUUGAGUCCUUUCCAGUUAUGGAAGGAUUAUAACAGAUUCCCUUUUGAAAGGGGGGAUCCUUCACGGUUUGUGUCAGCCACUGAAUGUCCUAGGUGGUAUGAUUCUGCUCUGUACAAAGAGCUCACAGCCACACACAGGAUUGCAAGCUCUCCAGUAGAAGGCAGACAUUUUACCAGAAGAAAAAUUGAGGAUGUUGCAGCCUUUCAGCGCUCUCGGUCCACGGUAAUCCAAAAAGCCUCAGCCAUUGAGAAGCGAUGUGAGUCUGAAGUGUCAUCUAACUGCCCUCCAUGGAAAAAUAACUGUGUGAAAAACAAACUGCCAAGCAACAGGCCCUCAACAGUUUCACCCACCAAUGAGAAAGUGCACAGGCCGGAUUCUAGCUUGCUUUAUCACAGUAAACAUGCAUAUGAAAUUCAACACAAAGUAGGAAAAUUGGGCAGCAGUGAAAUGUCCAGUAGGAUAACCCCAUUCAACAUUACUCAGCUUCUGACACCUGUAAUUCCUGGGAGACAAGAAACAGGAACAUCAGAAGUUCUUCAAUUUGCACAUACUCCUUUGGUUUCUGAGUCUGACAGUGACCUGAAACCACAGUCUGAAGCCAAACAACUGCGUGAUAGCUACAAAGCCAAAGCAUCAAGUCUAUUGUUCAACCUAAAGGACAACAGAAAACGAGUAAAAAGCACAUACAGUCCUUCAAAAUUUAAAGGUUUAGAGACAGCAGAUAUGAAUAAGCAUCCAUCAAAGCUUGAAGCUUGUGAAUCCAGACUUUCUGAAGCAUCAGGAUCAAAAGUGUCCAAUCAGGAGCAUUCUUUAGCUCCUGUCGCUUGGGAGCUUUGUAACCAAGUCGAAUCAAAUUAUGAGCUUUCCUUAGUGCAAACAGCAGAGCUCAACCAAUACACCGAUAAAUCACAUGACAAUAUGACCUUAGUGUCUCAAUAUGACACUGCAAAAUGCAAUAUACCUUAUCUGAGUACACCAAAUAAUCCUAAUCUUCUUACUAACAGAGAGAGUGAGCAUUAUAAGUUAUCAAGAAAUUCAGGACUUUCUAAUAGUGGUCAGAGCCCAGUGUGUCACAAUAAUGGCAGUAUUAGGACAUUUGGAAAAGCAAUACAGGAAACGGAAAACAUCUUUUCCAAACAUCCAGCACAUCUGUCAGUUGAAAUGGCAGCAAAACAAUCUUUGUAUAGGAGCGAAGAUGCAGGUCAUCUGAACUUUGAGGAGAGGAACAUUGUAGGAAACUCAAGUUCUGGAUAUAUGAAUAAUCAGGUGACUGAAAAAAAUCUUUCUUGGAAAAGAACAGGACCCAUAAAUAUGGUGACUAAGGAAAUGGUUAAUAAUAAUGGGUUGAAAGAUGUAAUGCCAUUUAAAGGAGAAAUAGCUGCAAUGAUAGAAAUGGACAAACAGAGGAAAGCUACGACUAAGCAAUAUUUACCUGCAGCCAAUGAGAGCUACACUAUGAAAAAGGAGACGUGCAUAAAUAAACUGAAUGAAAAGAUAAGUAUGAGUUCUAUUUCAAAAGACAAACAGUUUCAUGACACAAAUAACUUCUUCCAGACAUAUGUUGAUAAACGUUUCUCAAACAAGCAGAUAAAAGAUGGCCAUGCAAAUACACAUGCAAUGUCUCAAAAUUUGCAUGAACGUAACUUUACAAGGACACCAGAAAUUACAACACAUGAAAAACUAUGUCUUCAAAAAGAGAUGAAACAUCCUGCAAUGGAUAUAGAGACUGAAAGUGAUUAUAAUCAGAGAAUACAGUUUUUGCAAUCAAUGGAAAAGAAAUAUCAUUAUAACGAAGGAUCUGUUGCCUAUCAGCCAUACAAAUAUGAGUCAAACAAACAGUGGCAUAUUGCAACAACUGCUAAGUGUAUGUCAAGCCAACUGCAGCAAUCUGAAAUAAAAGCAGGACAGCCAGAAGAAUCAAAUUAUGUACACUCUCUAUCAAGGGCAUCUUGUAUUCAGCAGCAAAGUGCAGCACAUUUAGCAAGAAUAAGCCAAAGAAAUUGGAUAACAGAGGACAGAGCCAAAACUGAGGAGCACAAGCCAACCUAUUCUAUUGCCCCCAGUCAGAUAUAUCACAAGCAAGGUGAUAUGAAUACAGAUUUUAACAUACCAAAUACUCAAAAAACUUUGCAAAAUAAUAACACUUCACAGGCAAGAGGGGACAGAUUUAGCAUCAAUGACAUUCUCUCUGUCAGAGACAACCAACAAGCAAAAAGAAUCAGAGAAAAUAAACACAUUUUAAAUGGCAGAGUUGGUGACUCAACUAAAUUAGAAAAUCUAACUUCUCCAGUUACAUCUGACGUAUCCGAGGACAUAGCGGCUAAAACCGAACCAUCUAAAGUUCAGUCACAUGCACUGCAAGAUGGAGUUUCCCACUGCAAACAUGAAAAUAUAUCAUAUGGCUAUGUCAGAAAGGAGUCACAUAUUGCAAAUGAUGUGAAAGAGAGGCCAGGAAAAGACAUAUUUAUAAAUAAUGAGAAUGAAAAGAUGACACUAAGGGCACUUUCAUACAAAGAAAAAGGUCAAACCAAACAAGAGAUACUUACUUCAAAAUUAAAAGCACAUGCACAAAAGGAGAUAUCGGCAAUAAAAGAAAAAGGCCUUGCUAAACAUGUUAUACCAAUAAGAAAUCAAAUAAAGCAAAGUACAGCUCCAAACAGCAGAAAAGGACAAAUCACCCAGGAAGUUCUAUCACCAAAGAAAGAAAUUACUGCAGAAAAACUGAAUCAUCUUUUUCAGGACAUUACUUAUUCAAGUGUCUCUUUAACCAAAGAACAAAGAAAUCAAGGCAAAUGUGAGCCAAAAUAUGAAUCUCUUAACACCAAAAAAGUCGAAUUACCUAAAAGAGAUAUACAUUCUGAGAAAGAGAACACUGUUAAUGAGAAAGAAAGGAUAAAAAUACAAACCAUAAAACCUCAAGAGGAAGAGAUUACAGAUGAGGACCAGAAAUUUGUUCAAAAUGCUGUUCAAUCCAAAGAAUUUCAAAUUAACAAACCUAGCAUUAACAAUGAGAAGGAGCAGUGUACAAAUAAUAGUGAUGUUGCAAAUGGAACAAUUCCGGACAAAUGUUUCUCAAGGUCUCCAACUCUAGAGGUUUUCAGUUAUAACGAAUCUUUUACCAAGAAUGAAAAUAAGAUCUUAUCUGUUUUGCCUACGAAAUGCACGUCAAAUAUCACUGAGUAUUCAACAUUAAAAGAGAAUGGCAAUGACAGUCCAAAACAUGAGGUCUUUGUAAAAGCAGCAACCAACAACAAACCUUUUUCAUUGUACAACAUUUCAGAGAAAGCUAUAACCCAUGAAUGCUCCAUUAACAAAACAAAAGAACAGUGGUCAAAUGUCAAUGAAGAUAAACUUACUACUGAUAGUAAAACAGAUUCUCUGAAAUGCUAUGACUUGGAAGAAACAUCCACAAGUGAAGACAAUACAAUUCCAAAUGCAAGUCGGUUUGAAAUGUCUACAAGACAGAACAAAACUCAAUCAGACUGGACAAAAGAUGAAGCAGUUGCUGUUGAGGAGACCAUGAAUAUGAUAAAUUUAAAAGCUGCUUUACCUGAUGAACAAAUGACAAACAGUGAAAAAGAAGUGGAACUUCUUCAAAGUGGACAUAGUAAAAUUAGUGACAAUCAAAUGGUGCUUUUUGAAAUUUCACCAAAGUUAAGUUGUCUGGGUUCUUCUAAGCCUAUAGAAAAAGAAUCAUGUUUAGAUAAACAAGACAUUCAGACAGAGGCUAUCCAAACAGUGAAAACAACUGAAGAUACUUUUGUUCACCAACCUCAGAAUACUGCUGUUAAUGUUGAUACAUUAAAGUCAUCGCAAAAUGCAAGUUCUGACAAAGAAUUAGGAUUUCAAACAACUUUAAGCCUAAGUAAUGUAGAGAGUAUCAAUCUUGAUUCUUCAGAGGAGAACAAAUAUUCUCUUCAGCAAGAACCAGAAAUAACAAAACUAGACUGUGAAGAAAACGGUGAGGUCCAAGAAACUCUGUCUCAAUUAAAUUUAAAACUCAAACGAGAAAACCAAAAUCAGCAGAUAAUAAGUGAUAAAGAAGUAAUCGAAAACAAUGAUCAACAACUACAACAAGAAAUUGAAAGAACCCCAGACAAUGAAUAUUAUAAGCAAAAGGCAAAAGUCUUUCAUGAAUAUACUGAUUCUACACCUAUGGAAAAUAAACAGUCCAGUGAUGAGAGAAGAACAUAUAGUAGUGAUGGGUUCAACUCCACUGGCAUUAAAUGGGAAACAUCCGAAGAGAAGCUUUCCAGUCCAGUCAUCUCAAUAAAUGGUCAAGAUCAACAACUCGUUAGCCAGCCUACUCCAGACAACAGUGCUGCCAUUAUAAAUCCAGUAUCUGAAAGCCAUGUAAUUCACAUUGCAAGUAAGGAAGAUGGUUCACCCAAGGAUGAGCCUGUAAUAUACAGUAUAUGUGUUUCAAGCACAUCGGAAGCUGUUUCGGAGGACGAACCUAUAAUCUUUAGUAUUUCCGUUUCAAGCUUGUCUGAUGCUUCUAUUACAACUGGUCCAGAAAACCAAGAAAAAAGUGAAAAACAGCUUUCAAUAGAGCACACAGUCAAAGAAGACAAAGAAACAUUCAGCAAUAAAAAUAAAGAAAGUGAUUUCCUUGAAAGUAAAGAGGAUAGUAAAGAGGUAAGAUUGCUUGUAAAAAACAAUGUGGCAGAACAAGAAACUGUGGUAAGAAAAUGUGAUUCUACUGCAAGCAAAGACAAACUUGAUUAUUAUAGAUCAACAGAGGUGGACAAUAUUAGUUCAUCUUAUGAGAGUCUCUUUGCCAAAUAUGUGGUUCCUAAUGGAGAUACAAUUCAUCUGGAGUCAGACCAAAAAGAGCAGAAUAAAAAGCAAGGAGAUGAAAAGGAAGAAAGUACUGAUAACUCUUUACAGAAAAUGCAGAAUAAUACAAUGGAUAUUGACUAUAGGCCUGCUGAAAAAAUGUUGACAUCAGCUGAUUUCACAAAAAAACAUUCUCCUGAAUCUAGAAAGCUGAAGUCUCCAGAAGCUUCCCCUAAACAUUUGAGGAACGCUGAGGAAAACCAUGAGCUAUGUUUUACUCACUCAAAACAAGAGCAUCAGUCAGUUAAUGAAGGAAGCACACAAAGAGACAAUGGAGUUGUGCAUUCUGAGAGAAACAAUGAAGAGGAUGUUUCAGCAAAACAAGAUAUCCUCAUGUCAACAUUUGUGUCAGUUUGUGAAGACAUUGUAGAUAGUCAGUCAGCAAAGCAGACUGUGGAAAAAGGAAAUGUUCCAGUGAAGGAAAGCCAGCAAGUUGCAAAGAAAGUACAGAAAAUGGAGAACGAAAAGAAAGAUAAUGAUGAAGAUAAAAACACUGAGAUGGUACAAGUGAAAUGUAAAAAUGAAACACUACAUAGAGCUGGAUCACUCAAAAUAGAGUCACUCAAUCACACAACUGAUUUACUCCAAGCCAGUUCUAAAACCUCGACAAAUGAUCAGAACAGGAUUAAAACCCAAGACACAAGAGCAUCUUUGGUUCAGAACAGUCAAAAUACAGUUAAUCAAACAGUUCAUACAAAAAGCUCCACAUUGCAAUACAGGACACAAGAAGAAUUAGAAAAGGAUGCUCUCCAACAAGAGCAAAAGCAAAGCAAAGAAACUGGAGACAACAAAGCUUUACAAAACAAUAAAAAAGAGUUAGUCUGCACCAACAGUGAAUUCCCAGAACCUGAACACAUCAAAUUCAUGGCAAGCAAUGAAGUAAAAGCCAGUAAGGUGACUGUUUUACAGAAAGAAAUUCCACCCUUUACUAAUGAACAGACCCAAGAGAAUAGUAAUUGUAAUCAGAAUAAAAUCAAACAUGCGUUUCAUGCUGAGGUGUCAGAUGGUCCAAAGGUAGAUAAAGAAAUGUAUACAAAUGAGAAAGAGAACCAAAUAAAGGCAGAUGCUGUAAAAACCAGAGGUGCCAUCACACUUAAUAAUGCAAGUGAAAAUGCUCAAACCGCAACACCUGCAAAAUUUACAGGAACAAAAGCAUCAUCUACUUCAAGCAUGAGAGAGGAUGGGUUAGAAGGACUUGCAAAUGAGAAAUGGAAAGGGGAACCAGCACAAAAAGUGAGAGAACUCGUAACAGUUGAAAUAACAUCAUUAAGUAAAGGUCCAAAGACAGCAUCAUCUUUAAUUAAAGGUUACAAAGAUUCAAAGUGUGAAUCCAUUAUGAGUGAAGAAAAUCUAAAAGAGGAAAAAGCUCAGCCACAAGACAAAAAUGAUGAGCUCUUUAAAAAACUUAUAAUUGACAACAUUCAAAAAAAUACUGGAGAAAUAGAACACAAGGCUGGCAUAGAGCUAUUUCAAGAAAACAGUGGAAAGGUUUUAGGAGACGAAAAAGAUCUUAGUAAUGUGAGCCAUCCAAGGAAAGAGGCUCUUCCAGAAAGUCAAGGAAGUAGAUAUGAUGGAAUUGACAUGCUUCACUCUAAUAAAAACAGCCAAAAUCAUGAUACUGUGACCACAAAGAAAGAAGUAACUUUCACUGAGACUGAAGUUACACAGAAGGAAAAGAAAAUGACUAGGCCAGAAAUCUCAGCUUUAGCUGAUUAUGCUCGGCUGAGAGUUAUCUCUGCUGAAGAGGACACAAUUACUGAAAAGGAUUUACUUCAAAAAAUGAACACGUAUCGAAAGUAUAAUUUAUCACCUGCAAUGCCACAGAAAGUAAAUUUUUCUAUGCCUGUGGGUGAUACAGAGCAAAGCAAACAGCUGCCUGUAAAUAAGAAGUCUGAGAAUUCGAAUACAAGAGCAACACCUUUACAAGUUCAGGAACGACAAACAUACAAAAUAUCAGAUGAUAUACUUGCAGGGCACAAUCAGUCCUCACGCAAAGGUGAGAGCAUUGUGCAUCCAAACCUUGGAUCAUUGGCUAAAAGCUUGGAUGAUAGAGCAUUUGCUAUAAAAGAUACUGAAAGCACAAAAGAAAAAACAUUAACUAAAAACAUGCAAUCAAACACUAUGAAAGCUUUGUUUACACAAAACGAUGGAUAUUCCAGAAGCCAUGAAGUGGAUCAAGCUACUCAUCCUGUACAGUCUAAAAGCAAAAACAACCCCCAGUUAAAACAGCCAGCUAAUGCGAACAUGCUGGAAAAGAGUGUUUAUCCACAAGUAAAUAAGUUUCAAUCCUUACCACAAGCGUCAAUUAAAAUAAAACUUAAUGAUGGAAAUAAACAUGUAGAAAACACAAUUAAAGAGGAAGUGAAAAAUGAAGAGGAGCUACAAUACUACAUUGUCAAUGCUAUGGAAAAUGAGACAAAACCGAAAAACAAUCAUGAACCACAUUCAUUAAGCCACAUAAAGGCUUCAAAGAAAGAGUCGACUGAAAUGAAUGCAACAGCGCCUUUGCGCUCUUGCACUUCUUCUCCAGCCGUUGGGAAGCACUUCAUGUUCAGCGUGAAAGAUAACACAGCCAAACCUUCCUCGGUUACUAAAACUGUUAGGCCACACUUCUGUAGAUCAUUCUCUGAAGAAUUCAGAAUUGGCUCCCCAGUUGGCAGCUGUUGGGGUUCAGAAAAAGACAAAGCAGAAUACAGUCAUGAGAAUGAUCCAAAAGAGUCUGCAAAUUUUCCAGUUUUUCAUGAGCAAUCAAUAACUUCACAUCAACUCCCAAGGGCAAAAGAAAUCCAAGCUCGAAACAAAGUGCUGUCCCCAGGGUUAAUAGAACAGAAAGAACCAAGAAGCCACAUGCCUGAAGAGGAUGAAUCCCAAUCACUCAACAUUACAACAUCUGUGGAGGGUCUAGCUGCUAGUUCAGAAGUGCUUUCAGUCAGUAGACAUACCUAUGCAAGGCCAGAAUCUUCAUGUUAUGAAAGACCGGAAUCAGCCUGCUAUGAGAGACCUGAAUCUGCAUGUAGUGACCUGAGACCAGCAAGUAAGCCACCUACUGUUCCUCCUAAAACAGAUAAAGCCCUUCGUCGUGCUAAAAGACUCACUACCAGGAGAAUCAAAAAGGUAGAGGACAAGAUAAACUCUGAGACUCCAGUACAAACUGAGAGUAAGUCCAUCCGAACUGUCUCGAGCUUGCCAUCUUCACCUAUGGUGCAUUCGUCCACACCUCAGUCAGUUCAGUCCUCACCUUCGAUAUCACAAUAUCAUGCUGAACCAAAUUAUGCCCCUCCUGCACCUAGCAUUGUGGCUCAUUCUUUUCCAAUGACCCAAAGAAGACUGUUACAAGACCCGAACUCGGGGCAAAUCUUCAUGGUGGACAUGCCAGUGCAGGUCAAGACCAAGACUUUUUUUGAUCCAGAGACAGGAAAAUAUCUCCAGCUCAAUGUACGCCAGAGAUCCCAGAGCUCCUCGUCACAGCCAGCAUCUGUGGAGGUGUUGAGUCCCCAGUAUGUGGUGUACCCUGGUUUUCUUCCUAUGCCUGUUUCUGUCUCAUCGUCUGUAAGAUCAUCAUCCCAGAUGUCAGCACCGGUCGCUCUCACAGAAGGACAGAACCAGUUGAAAGCAAAUCACAAACAAAGGGAACAGGAGAUUUGUGAACCAGAAUGUAACAGGAAUGUCCAGCAGCACAACAGACCGAUGUAUAGGACACACGAACAAACCGCCAGGGAAAUUUUGCACAACGAAAAUGUUAGAAUGACUCCGAGGAAAACACACAUCAUAACAAUGAGUGAAUUAGAAGACUUUGCAGUGGAGAAUACCUGACUGGUGUACUCAUGAAUAAAUGUAUAUCUAACUUUGUGAAUAAGAACUUGUUCAAUGAUUCAUUAAAUGCAAUAAUAAUAAGCUCUUUGAGAAUAAAUGUAAGGUUUGCUGGUUUUUAAGCUGCAGUGCUUUAAGAAAAACACAACUAUACAAAGGAGAUAUGCAUUCCAUUUUAGAAGAAAUGUAUAUUUACAUGUAAAUAUCUCCCAAAUCUCCACAGUCUUAAAAAAAAGUCACGCUCAUGUGACACAUAAACAGUUUCCUCCGAAACUGUUGGAACAUCAAGACCAUGCGUUUUUGCUGUAGACUGAAGAGAUGGGUUGGAUCAGCUGAUAAGUAUGAGACAAAAGUUAAGGAUAUCAGCUUCUAUUUCCCCUAGAUGUUUUAAACUACAUGAACACAUUUUUAGAUCAACAAAAGUAUAAAAAAGUAAAUGCAGAAAUUAGAUACAUUUUCCUAUCCAUUUUUAUUGGAAUAAUUGCAUCAAAUUUGGGACAUCACCACAUUGUUGUUUUCUACUUUCUUAUGCUUUUCCAAACUUGUGAUACCUAUUUCAAUAAUUGUUUUAGUGUCCUCUCUAGGAGGGAAAAUGAUGCUGUAUUCUACUAUGGUCUGCUGAUUGACUUGCACCUUCUGCGUUUUCCCCUAAUUAAGUCAUUUCUUGUGUUGGCAGUGUAUUUUCUUAGUUUUUAGUUUUAUGGCUCAUCUUUCUACUUCUUUCUGAAGUCUGGUUCUCUGCCUUGCAUCUUGUGGUAAAGUCUCUAUAUUUCUGAUGUUUAAGUUUACCUCAGAAUGUGGAUUGUGAUGCCUUCACCCCUGACUUGUGGAGGUUGUUGAUGAUGUCAGUGUUUGACGUUAUGGAUGAGGUCACUCUCAAUAUUUGUACAAUUGCUCUGAUAAAUGUUUUUUAACUUCAAAAUGUUUUGCUUUCCUCCCAUACACUUCACAGGUAAAACCGAAGGCUAAAAAAAAAAGAAUAAAUGUUCAGAGACUUUAAUAAUCACGUUAGUAAUGUUUCAAUAUUUUUCUGUUAUGUUAUUUAAUACAGCUACAAAGCAAAACAAGCAAGCAAACAAACAAACAA